AUGGUAUUAAUUAAACUAUAUGAUGAGUCCAUCUUAAAUAACACAAUUGAGGGCUCUACGCAGAGAUUAGCUUAUUGGAUUGAUGAAGCUAUAAGAAUAGGUUUAAAAGAAAUCUUAUGCUUGUAUCAUUAUUCCUUCAAGUUCAAAGAAAAAGUAAAAAAUAUUAUAGCUAAUGGCAAGACUAAAGAUAAAACAGCAAGAUCAAUGAUUUAUAAAAAAAUGUUGCAGUAUUUAUCUAAUAUCACUCUGGAAGAUAAAGAGAAAAAAGAGUGUUCUCUUUAUGAUACUUUUCUGAUUCACAUUCAUAAACGACCUGAGCUAAAUCCUUUUCUAGUCAAUAACCAUGAUACAGAUGAAGAGGAUAAUGAAUUCGAUGCAGAUUUAACUAUUAUCAGUAGAAAAAGCACCGAUUGGAUUAUUAGUAGAAUUAAUAUUAGAGAAAAGCUAACAAAUUAUCAAUUUGAAGUAAAUUCACCUAAAACUCAUCCAAAAUAUUACGACAUUAAUUUUUUCAAUUUAAAUGACGGAGAUAGUUUUCUAAGAAUAUUAGACAAAAGUAUUAUUGUGCAGAUGCGUAAGGAAAUAAAGAUGGCAAAAGCAGAUAUGGCGAAUGCUGAUAAAGCUAUAAUAGGCUUGUUAAAAUAUGAGGUUCAUUUUUUGUGGGCCAGUAGUAAUGUGAUUGAAGCUAUUAAGAUAACGAUCAGAAUGAUUCAUACUUCUGAAAGCAACAAGAAAGCUGAAAAUACUACAAGUACCAAGAAAAUGAAGAAAAAGAAAACAGCACGAAUCAAUUGA